UGGUUCAGUCAGCGUUUCGCACCGGCGUCGCUUCGUCGUUUCUUGCGACCGCUGGACGAUAGUUUACACGUUCUUACGUACUAUUGCUACUACCACUGCUACUACUACUACACUGCUACUACUACUACUACUACUACUGCUGCUGCUACUACGACUACUACGACUACUACGACUACUACUACCACCAUUACCAUUACUACCAGAGACCUCGUGUCCUCGGUGAAUCGCGUGUCGCUACAAUCUACGCAGCCCUCGCACACUUUCGAUUAAUGAAGGAAACGAGUUCGGUACAACAGGAAAGUCGACGAGUCCGGGAAAAGGACGAGCGGUGGUCGAUGCUCUUUUGAAGGGAAAGCGCAUUUUACUGCGCGUUGCGUCUGGGUCGUGCGUGCGCGCAACUUCGUCUGUGCGUGCGUGUGCGUGUGCGUGUGCGUGUGCGUGCGUGCAAGGACGAGAGAGUGAGAGAGAGAGAAAGAGAGAGAGAGAGAGAGAGAGAGAGAGAGAGAACGAGAGAGCACUGGCGGAGAGGACCUUCCACGGGUCCUUGAACGUCAGGCGUGCAUGUCUCGGGUCGCGCUCAAACGCUUUUCGUCCUGCUACGCUCUGACAACGUUCCUGAGCGCGUUAGAACGUACCGCGUACAGGUCGGAGUAGUCAGGGGCAUGUUCCAACGUUAUUCUAUGUCAACGAAGAAGGAGAGAAGGAGGAGCCACGUUCGGAGGAAGCUACUAAGCAACUCUACGAUCCCUUUGUCUAUCGUUGAUUUUACAACGAUAGUCGUAAAUGUAGUGUGUAUACGCUCGUUACACGAUCCGUGUUCGCGAGACAGACCGAAUCGAUCGAUAUCGUUGCCACCAGCAAUAGCAGCAGCAGCAGCAGCAGCAGCAGCAGCAGCAGCAGCAACACAACAACAGCAACGUACCAUCGAGAUUCAUCUGCGGCGCGAAGGUGAUCGAUAACCGCGAAUGGACGUGCCAAGGAAUUUCCGUGGCUUAUCAGAGCAACAGCUGGAGGCGUGCCGCCGACUUCUUUGCUGCGUGGAGAGGGUGUGCAGAAGCGGAAAUACGAUCGACGAGACCGAGCAUAAGAUCAAUCGUGGUCGACGAGGCGCACAAGCGGGCCCCGAAUUGGAGGGGCCCUCCGGUGCCGAAGAUGGCAUCCUUCCCAUCACCGUUAGCCCCAGCCCUGCCUCGACGUCCUCGCAGGAGGAUGCCUGCAAACCACCGCCACGCAAUUGCUAUCGCCUCGUCAUGCUCGGUAGCGCCAGGGUCGGCAAGACCGCCAUUGUAGCACGAUUUUUAUCCAACAAGUUCGAAGAGAGUUACACCCCUACGAUCGAGGAUUUCCACAGGAAGCUUUAUAGAAUCAGAGGCGAGGUGCAUCAGCUUGAUCUCUUGGACACCAGCGGAAACCAUCCCUUUCCUGCCAUGCGACGAUUAUCCUUCCUAACCGGAGAUUUGUUCGUGGUGGUAUUUAGUAUGGACUGCCGAGAGUCUUUCGAGGAGGCGAUCAGAUUGCGAGAGGCGAUCAUCGAGACGAAGAUGAGCGCGGCCCAAGGAGCGACCAAAAGUAGAAGCAAGAGUCAUUACAGUCUGAAGGUUCCCAUGGUCAUUGUUGGAAAUAAAUGCGACAAGGAUACGAAAAGCGUCACGAUCGAGGAAGCCGAGGAGUAUUGCGCGAGCCAGGACGACUGUUGCGUCUUCGUCGAAGUUUCCGCUAAACGGAAUUACCACGUGGACGAACUUUUCUAUCAGCUCUUCGUCGUAGCCGGCUUACCCCUAGAAAUGGCACCGAAUCAUCACAGAAAAGUUCCUCUUACUUUUGGCUCGCCUACCAUGCUACCGCCCUCGCAGCCAAAACACAAGGCAACUCUGAGCAUAAAGCGUCGGUUAAGCGACGCCUGCGGCGUCGUGGCGCCUAACGUGCGACGGCCCAGCAUAAGGACGGACCUGAUGAUCAUGCGAACGAAGACGUGCUCGCUCGCGGCUGGAAACGAAAACAACACACCGGGAUCGAGAAUCAUUUUGAGAUCGUCCGAAGUCGGCAGAACCUGUUCUAUACAGUGAUACUCGCGCGAAAUUAAUCCAAAUUACGAUCGAAAUUACGUCGGAAAAGGGGAUGGGAGGAAAGCUUUGAAUAAAGAACGAUCGCUUAACAGGAAAGGAUAUUCGCAAAUUAUAAAUAAUAAAAGAAGGAGAUCAAUGUAAAACGAAAGGAAAACCGACCACGCUGCUCGCCUUAAUUAAUUAAAGCACUAGUGUAUUUAACGUAGUGUGUCGAAGGUAAUAUUAUGCCUGAUUAAAAUAAUAAUGAGCACGCCAAAAAAAAAGAAAAAAUAGAAAAAAAGAAAGGGGAGAGAGAGAGAGAACAAAAAAGAACAAACGGAAUAUUUCGUCUCUUUUGACGGGAGAAAGCGAGAUAAUCCGAAGAAAAGCGUUCGAGAAAGUAAGUAAGUAAGUACGUUCUCUCGCGAGAGAGAGGAGAAAAUCGCUUUGUAAUUCGGAGAAGUUUAAGAGCGCACUUCGUAUUAUUUUAAUUAAAUCAUGAUCUUCGAAUAGAAUCGAAAAGGAUGAAAGUCAAAGAAAUCGGGCAAGUCCAAAAUGUUUCUCAAUUUUGUUUCGGAGGAAGAGUAAGAAAAAGUAAAUGUAUCCGAGGGGAGUUUCUUUUUACUAUAGACGUCGAGCCGACGUGAACCAAUUACCGUAUACGUGUAAAUAGAUAACGAUAAUGGAUAUAAUAAUACAUACACGGUGGAUUAACAUUCGCGAUAGAACCGAGAACGGGCUCCAUGACUUUUUCAAGAGAAAUCGUCCCCUUCUCAAUAGUACUACGAUUGCCGAGCCACUCUGUAUAUUAACACGAAAGUACACAGACACACACGCACUGCGUCAAAUAUUUCGAAUACACACACGUACACGCGUAUAAAAGAUUUUUCCUAGAUAGCCACCACCGCGCAACUAUUUUACUCGACGCAAGAAAAUUUGCACUCUUUGUUCGUCGCGCAGAAAACAAUGGCCAAAGAUAUUUCGAUUAGAAGGGAUUAAAUAACAAUUAGGAAUGCAUUAGAGAUGUCCGCUUCGAAUAAAACGACGGAUAUAAUUCGUAUUCGAUUCGUCUCGAUUACGUUAUAAUCUCGAUUCUCGCUCUACUAUAAAUAUACGUUCCCUUUCGCCCCUUUCUAUAUCCGUUCGACGUAAGUAUCUUACGUUUCGUUUCGUCGUCGACGCUCGACUCUCGUACUUUCGCAUCCGCAUCUGUAAUUUUAUGGAGAUCCUCGAGGCAUAGAAUAUGGUUUGUAUUAUUCUGUGUUACAUAUAAAGAAUCUAAUAUAAAACGCAAACGUUUUAAUGGUUUCAUAUAAUCGACACAUGUUUGUGAGAAAAGGAAAUAAGAUAACUUGGAUCGUCCGGUGAACUCGAACAUUUUUCUACGUGUCACAAAAAUGAUCAAACGUAUCAAACGCGUUAACAGUCCUGCUCUUGAGAUAAGAAAGAUCCCAAAAAGGAUCCGUAAACUCGAGAUACCAAAUUGAUUUUUUCUCUCGAUCGAAAAUAUCCAACGUUUUGGUACGCGUAGGAGUAAUACAAGCGAGACAGGAGAAACCGAUUUACCUGGAAGAUCCAAGAUACUUGUUAUCUACUCUGCUUACUGUAUACACCUACAUAUCUUGCAUUUAUGUGUAUGUCGCAAGAAAACUUUGCGAUUCUCAGAUUCGAUCCGUGUACGAGUUUGAGAAAAGAACAGAAAAAAAGGGAAGACAAGAAUAAGAAUCGACCGAUCGCGAUCGUCCGCGUGAGUGCUUGCAUUUUGUAUGAAAUAAAAACAUUUUCUCCAA